AUGCCAAAAGGCAGUGCCAAGAGGCGUAACCCGCGACCGUACCACGGCUCUGCAGAGCCGUAUGAGACUCACCAAGGCUCAUCACACAGACGUGGUGGUACGCACAAAGUACGCGAUGAGAACAAGACCGACUCCGUCUACGACAACUUGAACUACAAAGAGCUAGUCGAAACAGCAAAGGAGCGCAGUAUCUACCGCAAGGAUAUGAAGAAGGUAGAGAUGGCUUGGGCCUUGAAGCACGACGACGAGAAUAAAAAGCGUGCUGAACAAGACGCCCGUAUUGCACGGCAAAGGAAGCUGGAGGAGGCAAAGAAGGAAGAGGAGAGAAAGGCUGCAGAGAAGAAGGCACAGCUCAUUGCUAAGCAAAAGAAAAGAAGAGAGAAAGAGGAGAGGAGAGAGCGCGACGAAAGCGUCAGUGAUGACACUGUGAGUGAUGCCGACUUGGAAGACGACGAAGACGAGGGAGAUGAGUACAAUCGCGAGAGAUUCGGUGAGGCGCUCAGUGAGGAAUCCUGGGAUAGCAGUUCUUCAGAGUCAAGUGCUGCAUCAGUAAACCAGAUCUACGAGCCUGGAUGCAGACUUCGCCUUUUCGAAUGGCCCAACCAAACCAUGCCAUCACAUAAACCUGGAGGUUGGGAUUACAAAAGAUGGUGUCCGCUGCCCUUGCCCUGUCCCGUUCCUUAUGCACCUCUGAAGAUUACAACAAUGUAUAGCAAGCAAAAGCUCAUAUUGCCAGGAGCGAAGUACCCACCAGGCGUCGCUCCCGAUUUCGUACCCAUCCUCAACCCCUUGGUUCGAUCCGCAGCGCGUAAUGGCCAUCUCCUCGGUCCACUCCGCAAAGCCGUUAUCGAAAGAGGUACGGAUUGGGCUCAACGCACGCUCAUUCAGGGCUGUAAUGGACACAUGUACUUCCACCUCGGCUCUCGAAACGAAACGAAAGUGCUAGCCGACACAUACAAUAAGUGGUAUCUUGAAAACAGAAAGUUGCUGCGCGUCAAAGGGAAAGGCAAUGGCGAUCCUAGUGAUCGCGCUGCACGCCACGCGCAACGGCAGAGGAAUAAGGCGAGGAUGACGGCGGAGGUGUAUGAGGCGUCGCAGUAUCGGCCGUUGGCUAUGUGCUAUGUGCCUGCUUAUUUGGGGUACGGUGAGGCGGUUCGAGAUGGUGUGGGCAAGAAAAGCUUGGGCAACUUGUUCUUUGUUAGGUUUCCCGGGUGCGAUGUACCGCAUUAUUACUUCUGGGCGAGGGAGGGGGGGUGGGAUGAUCCUACGGUGGUGAAUCCAGGGUGGAAUCCUCACGCGUGGACAGACAAGGGUGCUAUGCGCAUGGAAGAGAACGAGACCGGAGGGGAAGAUUCGAGGAAUGGUCGGCUUACUAGAACGCAGUUGGUGCGCGUCCGCAAAACAUCCGUUGACCUUCCACCCUCUCCACCAUUCUCGAAUCCAACAAGCAUCACCGAGACCAUCGCACUCGUCGAGCACCAAAUCUACCGCGACGGCCUAUCCGGAACCCUCGCCCACUAUCGACACAAGUGGGCUGCGAAUGGGAAACAACGUGCCUGGCAGACCUUCGCCGCAGCAUUACCAAAGCUAUGGCCCAGCGGCGAGAUACCAAGUGUUCCACCCGUACGUAGCGAACCUGGCGUGAAGCUUUCGAUUAAGCUGGCUACGAUCGAUUGCAUGAAAGAAUAUGGUGAAACGCCAUUUAGUCCGUUGAAUGGGACUGAGGCGUGGACGAGGGAUGAUGAUAGGGUUUGGGAUGUUGUUGAGGUUGAAGUUGAGGAUGAGCUCGUGUCACCAAUCGCUUCGGCCGAAGAAGACGACGACGCUGAGGGCGAGGAUGGAGAAGAAGAGACUGGUGCUUCUGGGGGAGACGACGGCAACGAUGCAGACGAUGAGGCGUUGUGUCGCCGUGAUAGCGUGGUUUCCGUUAUGGACUUUACUAUGUUAGAUUCAGUUGUGGCAUGGCUGGAACAAGUCCAGGAAAUUCCUGCAGUGUCGCCUACGCCGAGCAAACCGCUUGAUGAAGAGACGGAGCUACGCGAGUGGGAGGAAAGGCACCUGCGGGAUAGCAACAACUCGAGCGGUAGUGUUGCAAUUAACGGCUCGUACCCGUUCUGCUACAUAAUCUAG